UCCAGUUCAGAUUUUGCCACCAACUCGCCCACGAGCCAGGACAUGUGCUAAUAAUGCCCUAAGCCGGUUAUAAAGACGUGGAAAUUGGGGGGGAGAGAGAAAAAGGGGGAAAAGGGUCCGUCCUUCCCGGGAUUCCUAGCCGAGGCCAGCCUGCUGCCGUGGCAGGCGGCUUCGCAGAGCACAACAGCUCCAACUGGCAGCAUCAUCUCCCACCAAUUUAUCCACCUUCUGCCAAGGCUCUGAAAUGCCAACUAUGUCGAGGCCUGCACUUGAUGUCAAGGGUGGCACCUCACCUGUGAAGGAGGAUGCCAGCCCAGAGAUGAGCUCUCUGGCCUACUCUAACCUGGGGGUGAAAGAUCGCAAAGCAGUGGCCAUCCUGCACUACCCCGGGGUAACCUCAAAUGGAACCAAGGCCAGUGGGGCUCCUGCUAGUUCCUCGGGAUCUCCAUCUCCAAUAAGCUCUCCUACUGCCACCCCUCCCACUAAACCCCCACCUUUCAACCUGCACCCCGCCCCUCACCUGCUGGCCAGUAUGCAGCUGCAGAAACUUAAUAGCCAGUAUCAUGGGAUGGCCGCUGCCACUCCGGGCCAACCAGGGGAGGCAGGGCCCCUGCCAAACUGGGGCUUCGGGGCUCAGGCGGGAGGGGCAGGGUCACUCUCUCCUUCUGCUGGUGCCCAGAGCCCUGCCAUCAUCGAUUCAGACCCAGUGGAUGAGGAGGUGCUGAUGUCGCUGGUGGUGGAACUGGGACUGGACCGAGCCAAUGAGCUUCCGGAGCUGUGGCUGGGGCAGAAUGAGUUUGACUUCACGGCAGACUUUCCAUCUGGCUGCUGAUGCCAACUGUUCCUAAAGAUGGAGGAAUAAAGCCACCAAUUCUGUUGUAAAUAAAAUAAAAGUUACUUACAAAGAG